AUUCAAGUUGGUUCUAAAAUAACGUCACAAUUUUUUUAUCGUCUUGCAAUUUUUUGUGCCUCUCACCGGACAUUGGUAAUAGUUCUAGCAAUCUUUACAUUUCUACCUUUGUGCUAUCCUGCCUUCGAUACUUAUUACUUAAAUCCUGUGAGAGAUGUCAGCAAUACGCUUUUUUGGGAGACACCUUCAUAUAGGUCACAAAUAUCGAAGGAAAAUUUCGUUAAAAAAUAUGGCAUUCAACCUUCAUUUCGCAUAGAGCAGGUUAUAAUAAAGAUGGCUAACUCGAAAAAAUAUAAUAAAGGUGGCAAUGUUGGUGUUUUAGAAAAAGACUUAUUAUUAUGGACUUUAUGUCUGCAAGAAAGAAUAAUGAAUACUGUUGUAAUGUAUUCAAGCCAGCCCUCUUCAUUGGUUACCGAAAAUUAUACCCUUUCGGAUAUAUGUCUCAAACCUCUUGAUAGCAAUACAUGUUUGGUCCAUUCACCACUUGAUUAUUG